CAUAACUUACUGUCAACUGUGAGGCAAACCACAAAGCUCCACUGUUGCUCAGCAAAUAGGCUCUAUUGGAUGAUGGCUUGACUAGCUUGUAAAGUUUGCUUAACUGUAGCAGCAGUGGCAGAAGGUAUGUGGGGUACUGUAUCUCCCAACAGGCCAAGAGAUUUCACUUCUUUCAUUUACUUUUAUGUUUUUAACUCCUUUAAUUGUUGAACAAAGUUAACAGUGUUUUGUUUAGCAAAUUAGAUGUUGCUUAAAGUUAUGGCUACAAUUGGUAGCCUGAGACUUGGCAGAGAUUAAUUAGCUGUGGGGUUGGGUUUUUUUUUUUUUUUGGUUGGCAGUCAGAGGUUUCUUGUGAUUUGGGAAGGUGUCAAAGGUGUUAUGCCCUCAAGUUCUGAAGUUCUGGCUGGUGUGGUAAGAGAAAGCCCGAUUGAAGAGUGGAAGAGCAGCCACUUCAUAAGAAUGUCUUCCAAGCAAGCCACCUCUCCAUUUGCCUGUGCAGCUGAUGGAGAGGAUGCGAUGACCCAGGAUUUAACCUCAAGGGAAAAGGAAGAGGGCAGUGAUCAACAUGUGGCCUCCCAUCUGCCUCUGCACCCCAUAAUGCACAACAAACCUCACUCUGAGGAGCUACCAACACUUGUCAAUACCAUUCAACAAGAUGCUGACUGGGACAGCGUUCUGUCAUCUCAGCAAAGAAUGGAAUCAGAGAAUAAUAAGUUAUGUUCCCUAUAUUCCUUCCGAAAUACCUCUACCUCACCACAUAAGCCUGACGAAGGGAGUCGGGACCGUGAGAUAAUGACCAGUGUUACUUUUGGAACCCCAGAACGCCGCAAAGGGAGUCUUGCCGAUGUGGUGGACACACUGAAACAGAAGAAGCUUGAGGAAAUGACUCGGACUGAACAAGAGGAUUCCUCCUGCAUGGAAAAACUACUUUCAAAAGAUUGGAAGGAAAAAAUGGAAAGACUAAAUACCAGUGAACUUCUUGGAGAAAUUAAAGGUACACCUGAGAGCCUGGCAGAAAAAGAACGGCAGCUCUCCACCAUGAUUACCCAGCUGAUCAGUUUACGGGAGCAGCUACUGGCAGCGCAUGAUGAACAGAAAAAACUGGCAGCCUCACAAAUUGAGAAACAACGGCAGCAAAUGGACCUUGCUCGCCAACAGCAAGAACAGAUUGCGAGACAACAGCAGCAACUUCUGCAACAGCAGCACAAAAUUAAUCUCCUGCAGCAACAGAUCCAGGUUCAGGGUCACAUGCCUCCGCUCAUGAUCCCAAUUUUUCCACAUGACCAGCGGACCCUGGCAGCAGCUGCUGCUGCCCAACAGGGAUUCCUCUUCCCCCCUGGAAUAACAUACAAACCAGGUGAUAACUACCCCGUACAGUUCAUUCCAUCAACAAUGGCAGCUGCUGCUGCUUCUGGACUCAGCCCUUUACAGCUCCAGAAGGGUCAUGUCUCCCACCCACAAAUUAACCAAAGGCUAAAGGGCCUAAGUGACCGUUUUGGCAGGAAUUUGGACACCUUUGAACAUGGUGGUGGCCACUCUUACAACCACAAACAGAUUGAGCAGCUCUAUGCCGCUCAGCUGGCCAGCAUGCAGGUGUCACCUGGAGCAAAGAUGCCAUCAACUCCACAGCCACCAAACACAGCAGGGACGGUCUCACCUACUGGGAUAAAAAAUGAAAAGAGAGGGACCAGCCCUGUAACUCAAGUUAAGGAUGAAGCAGCAGCACAGCCUCUGAAUCUCUCAUCCCGACCCAAGACAGCAGAGCCUGUAAAGUCCCCAACGUCUCCCACCCAGAACCUCUUCCCAGCCAGCAAAACCAGCCCUGUCAAUCUGCCAAACAAAAGCAGCAUCCCUAGCCCCAUUGGAGGAAGCCUGGGAAGAGGAUCCUCUUUAGAUAUCCUGUCUAGUCUCAACUCCCCUGCCCUUUUUGGGGAUCAGGAUACAGUGAUGAAAGCCAUUCAGGAGGCGCGGAAGAUGCGAGAGCAGAUCCAGCGGGAGCAACAGCAGCAACAGCCACAUGGUGUUGACGGGAAACUGUCCUCCAUAAAUAAUAUGGGGCUGAACAACUGCAGGAAUGAAAAGGAAAGAACGCGCUUUGAGAAUUUGGGGCCCCAGUUAACGGGAAAGUCAAAUGAAGAUGGAAAACUGGGCCCAGGUGUCAUCGACCUUACUCGGCCAGAAGAUGCAGAGGGAAGUAAAGCAAUGAAUGGCUCUGCAGCUAAACUACAGCAGUAUUAUUGUUGGCCAACAGGAGGUGCCACUGUGGCUGAAGCACGAGUCUACAGGGACGCCCGCGGCCGUGCCAGCAGCGAGCCACACAUCAAGCGACCAAUGAAUGCAUUCAUGGUUUGGGCAAAGGAUGAGAGGAGAAAAAUCCUUCAGGCCUUCCCCGACAUGCAUAACUCCAACAUUAGCAAAAUCUUAGGAUCUCGCUGGAAAUCAAUGUCCAACCAGGAGAAGCAACCUUAUUAUGAAGAGCAGGCCCGGCUAAGCAAGAUCCACUUAGAGAAGUACCCAAACUAUAAAUACAAACCCCGACCGAAACGCACCUGCAUUGUUGAUGGCAAAAAGCUUCGGAUUGGGGAGUAUAAGCAACUGAUGAGGUCUCGGAGACAGGAGAUGAGGCAGUUCUUUACUGUGGGGCAACAGCCUCAGAUUCCAAUCACCACAGGAACAGGUGUUGUGUAUCCUGGUGCUAUCACUAUGGCAACUACCACACCAUCGCCUCAGAUGACAUCUGACUGCUCUAGCACCUCGGCCAGCCCGGAGCCCAGCCUCCCGGUCAUCCAGAGCACUUAUGGUAUGAAGACAGAUGGCGGAAGCCUAGCUGGAAAUGAAAUGAUUAAUGGAGAGGAUGAAAUGGAAAUGUAUGAUGACUAUGAAGAUGACCCCAAAUCAGACUAUAGCAGUGAAAAUGAAGCCCCGGAGGCUGUCAGUGCCAACUGAGGAGUUUUUGUUUGCUGAAUUAAAGUACUCUGACAUUUCACCCCCCUCCCCAACAAAAAGUUAUUAAAGAGCCCGCAUGCAUUUGUGGCUCCACAAUUACAUCA